UCUCUUUGCUCCGUGCGUCGGGGAGCGGAUUCGGAGCCGCUCGAGAGACGCACACAGAGUUCGGUCCGUGUCUGCCUGCAGCAAGCUAACCCCGCAGAAAGGCCACUGCGGGAAGAUGGCGACGGAGAAACAGAAACACGAGGGAAGAGUUAAAAUCGGACAUUACAUUCUCGGUGAUACGCUUGGAGUCGGGACUUUUGGGAAGGUUAAAGUGGGCCAACAUGAGCUGACCAAGCACCAAGUGGCUGUGAAAAUCUUGAACAGGCAGAAGAUCCGCAGCUUGGACGUGGUGGGAAAAAUCCGCCGGGAAAUCCAGAACCUCAAGCUUUUCAGGCACCCUCACAUAAUUAAACUGUAUCAAGUUAUUAGCACCCCUACAGAUAUCUUCAUGGUCAUGGAGUAUGUCUCAGGUGGAGAGCUCUUCGAUUACAUCUGCAAAAAUGGAAAGUUGGAAGAGAAGGAGAGUCGGCGACUGUUCCAGCAGAUCAUAUCAGCGGUAGAUUACUGCCACCGGCACAUGGUGGUGCACAGAGACCUCAAACCUGAGAACGUGCUGCUCGAUGCGCACAUGAAUGCAAAGAUUGCAGAUUUCGGUUUGUCAAACAUGAUGUCAGACGGAGAGUUCCUGAGAACGAGUUGCGGUUCUCCAAACUAUGCUGCUCCAGAGGUCAUCUCAGGAAGGUUAUACGCCGGUCCGGAGGUGGAUAUAUGGAGUAGUGGUGUCAUUCUGUAUGCGUUAUUGUGUGGGACGCUCCCCUUCGAUGACGACCAUGUGCCAACACUCUUUAAAAAGAUCUGCGAUGGGAUCUUUUUCACGCCGCAGUAUCUGAACCCCUCAGUAGUAAGCCUCCUUAAACACAUGCUGCAAGUGGACCCAAUGAAAAGGGCAACUAUUAAAGAGAUCCGUGAGGACGAUUGGUUCAAACAAGAUCUGCCAAAGUACUUGUUUCCUGAGGACCCCUCCUACAGCAACAACAUGAUUGAUGACGAGGCCUUGAAAGAAGUUUGUGAGAAGUUUGAGUGCACCGAGGAAGAGGUUCUCUCCUGCAUUUACAGCCGCAACCACCAGGACCCGUUAGCGGUGGCCUACCACCUAAUCAUCGACAAUCGGCGCAUCAUGAGCGAGGCCAAGGAUUUCUACCUGGCCUCGAGCCCGCCCGACAAUUUUCUGGACGACGUGGCUGGAAUCAUCAAGCCCCACCCCGAGCGUUUACCCAUCUUCGUGGCGGAGCCUCCUCCGAGGUCUCGCCACACACUGGACGAACUGAACCCCCAGAAGUCCAAGCACCAAGGCGUACGGAGAGCCAAGUGGCACCUGGGGAUCCGCAGUCAGAGCAGACCCAACGACAUUAUGACCGAAGUGUGCCGUGCAAUGAAACAGCUGGAUUACGAGUGGAAGGUUGUUAAUCCAUAUUAUCUGCGUGUGAGGAGGAAGAAUCCUAUCACAGGAAUGCAAACCAAGAUGAGCCUUCAACUCUACCAGGUGGACAGCAGAACCUACCUCCUUGACUUUCGUAGCAUAGAUGAUGACAUGCUGGAGACUAAAUCUGGAACUGCUACCCCUCUCCGCUCUGGGUCCGUGGGCAACCACCGCGCCACAGUAAAGAGCGACGCAGAGGGAGCAGACGUUUCGGCCACCUCCAGCACUGUGCAGCCCACCAAGACCGCCGAAGGCUCCCUAGGUUCCUCUCUGACCUCAUCCGUCGACUCGUCGGGUGGCGCUGACAGCACGCCCGCCCCCCGACCGGGGAGCCACACCAUCGAGUUCUUUGAGAUGUGCGCAAAUCUUAUUAAACUACUUGCACGAUAGCUUGCAAAACAAUCAUCGCUAGCCUUUUUUCUCUCUGAGUGUCUUUAUAGCAAUAAGCAUGCAACCGAUUCAUGGCUCACUUUAUCCAGGCUGAGGAUGAAGUGAUUGUUCCAUGGCACUGAUGCAGGUUGGCGUUCCCUGAGCUGUAGCGGGAGGUAUACCGAGCUGACUGGGUCUGUAGGAGUUGAAGAAAGAGGAAUCACGUGCUACUUAACUAGGACAGAACAUUUCAGAGGGGCGGGUAAGAAGAGGGGGGCCUUUGAAUUUCCAAGUCAGUCCUAACAACAGAUGCCCACAUCCCAAGUACAACUAUAUGCGGAAGUAAUUACACUGAACGGUCUGUACUUAUAGCCUGUAAGGCGCACGUAUCAGUACAGAGAACAAAAUCUCGUUUUUUUGUUUUUUUUUUUGGGCCUGCAGAGGAGGAAGCCACGGGUUGUAGGUGGGCGGGGGGUUAAAAAUUGAGUGGCAGUCAUAGGAGGCAGGAAGCACUUUUGCACAACUUUCUUUAAUUUUCUGCUGCUUGUAUUUUUUAUUUCUUUUCUUAGUAGGGAUCAGAGAGGCAUUGCAGAUGUAUUGGGGCACUGCACUAUUUUCCAUGCCCAUCGCUUUCAGUUGGACCCCAAAACGUGCAGUGACCCUUGAUGUCUGCAGUGUGUCAGGGACAAAAAAAAAA